AUGGGAGACAACAUGUCAAAGCGUCUGAAGCUCAUUUCGGUGACAGAAGCUGAGAUGGAGGAACGCUCGUUUCCCAACCCUUACCCUGACUGGGAUCAAGGAGUUCUCACAUCUAACUCUGGAGCUGAAGUGGAUUAUAAUUCACCUUUUGACGAAGAAGGAAAGGUGAGCUCAGCCUUCCAAAGAAAGGUCCAGAGCAAGAUAAAAGAUCUUCUUCAGCAGAUGGAAGAGGGCCUAAAAACUGCCGACCCCCAUGACUUCUCGACCUACACUGGCUGGACAGGGAUUGCUUUACUCUACGUACAGCUGUAUCGUAGCUCCAAUGAUGUUGCACAUCUCCAAAGAGCAUUAGACUAUGUUAAGAGAUCAAUGAGGAUUCUGAAUGGCCGCAAAGUGACUUUCCUUUGUGGAGACGCCGGGCCACUGGCGGUGGGUGCGGUGGUACACCACAAGCUGGGCAACACUGCUGAUAGCAAUGACUGUCUUUCUCGGCUUCUCCAGUUACAGCGAUCGGUGCUCAGUCAAGAUUCAGAAAUGCCGGAUGAGCUGCUGUAUGGCCGAUCUGGUUACCUGUAUGCUCUACUGUAUGUGAACAAAGAAAUAGGAGCGGACACUGUGGAUAAAGCUACAAUUUCAAAAGUAGUGACCGCUAUUAUUGAGUCUGGCAAGAAUCUGUCAGCAGAUCUUAAGAAGACGGAUCGCUGUCCACUGCUCUAUGAAUGGCACAAGAAGCAGUACGUUGGCGCCGCCCAUGGCUUGGCUGGAAUCUUUUACAUGCUCAUGCAGCCAGGGGCGAGGGUCCACCCUGGCAUGCUGUCUGAGUUGGUUCGACCCAGUAUCGACUAUAUUCGCCAUAAGAAAUUCCGUUCCGGGAACUUUCCGUCGUCACUGAGCAACGAGAGCGACCGACUAGUUCACUGGUGCCACGGAGCGCCAGGUGUCAUUCACGUGCUCAUAAUGGCUUAUAAGGUGUUUAAAGAGGAAAAGUACCUAAAGGAAGCGGUAGAAUGUGGCGAGGUGAUCUGGCAAAGGGGUCUUCUCAGAAAAGGCUAUGGAAUUUGCCACGGGACCGCCGGAAAUGGCUACGCCUUUCUGUCCCUGUAUAAGCUCACCCAGGAGAAGAAGUACAUGUACCGUGCCUGCAAGUUUGCCGAAUGGUGUUUGGAUUACGGGACUCACGGCUGCCGCAUACCCGAUAGACCCUACUCACUUUUUGAAGGUAUGGCGGGAACCAUCCACUACCUGUCAGAGAUGGCGGCACCUGAAACGUCCUGUUUCCCUGCCUUUGAACAUUGA